GACUGCGUGUAACCUUCCGCAGAGCCGGUGUGCCUCCGCCGCAGCACGCUCAUCUGACGGCCCGCUCAAAGCCGAGAUUUUACAUCUUUUAUUUAGAGUUUUCCUUGACAAAUCUGUUUGUUUUUAAUCGAAAUAGUUUUAUUUGUCGUGUCCGGUGUGUUUUGAGCGGCGCUGUUUGUGUUUUAUUCGGCUAGCCAUGGCUGACAUCGACAAACUGAACAUAGACAGCAUCAUUCAGCGCCUGCUCGAGGUGAGAGGGUCGAAGCCUGGCAAGAACGUUCAGCUGCAGGAGAACGAGAUCCGUGGAUUGUGUCUGAAAUCCCGUGAGAUCUUCCUCAGCCAGCCCAUCCUUCUGGAGCUGGAAGCGCCGCUGAAAAUCUGUGGUGAUAUCCACGGGCAGUACUAUGACCUGCUCAGGCUCUUUGAGUAUGGAGGAUACCCACCUGAGAGCAACUACCUGUUCCUGGGCGAUUAUGUGGACCGAGGGAAGCAGUCUCUGGAGACCAUCUGUCUCCUGCUGGCCUACAAGAUCAAAUACCCUGAGAACUUCUUCCUGUUGAGGGGAAACCACGAGUGUGCCUCCAUCAACCGCAUCUACGGCUUCUACGAUGAGUGCAGGAGACGCUACAACAUCAAACUCUGGAAGACGUUCACGGACUGUUUCAACUGUUUGCCCAUCGCCGCCAUUGUUGAUGAGAAGAUCUUCUGUUGUCAUGGAGGUUUGUCUCCAGAUCUCCAGUCCAUGGAACAGAUCAGAAGGAUCAUGAGACCCACAGAUGUCCCGGACCAGGGCCUCCUGUGCGACCUGCUGUGGUCCGACCCGGACAAGGACGUGCUUGGCUGGGGCGAGAACGACCGAGGCGUGUCCUUCACUUUCGGAGCGGAAGUGGUGGCCAAGUUCCUUCACAAACACGACCUGGAUCUGAUCUGCAGGGCCCACCAGGUGGUGGAGGACGGAUACGAGUUCUUCGCCAAGCGGCAGCUGGUGACUUUGUUCUCAGCACCGAACUACUGCGGAGAGUUUGACAACGCCGGAGCCAUGAUGAGCGUCGACGAGACCCUCAUGUGCUCCUUUCAGAUCUUGAAGCCAGCAGAGAAGAAGAAACCAAACUCGAGUCGUCCAGUGACUCCUCCCAGGAACAUGGUCACCAAACAGGCCAAGAAAUGAGGGGCGCGUGAGCCGGCUGGACUUGUAUCAUACGCUCUUCAUGUGUCACGGAUCAGGAGCGGCUCUGCCCCGGCUGCGUCUUUAUUUCGAUUCUUACGUUGCGUUUUUCUCGUUCACCGUCCCGAGCGGCCGCUCGCACACAUUAGAGGGGAGCCUUUUAAUUUCACUUGAUUUCGGAGUCGAACGGCUUUUUAUUCCCACUUCAGGACGACACGAGCUCCGCCCGCCGUCACCACGGCAACAGCGUCUCCUCACAUACGGAUUUUUAAAUGGGCCCGUUUAAGAUGAUUUGCGCUCCCGAUCGCUCGUUCAAACCACUGUGAACAAACGAGUCUGUUUUUAUGCACCUGAAGCUUUUUUUGUAUUUUGGUUUGGUGAAUGCGCCAUGAGGUUUGACAUUCAGUCCGGUUUGAUCCUCUCUUGACUUGUUUUUUUAUUUUCACCAUUACGAAUGGACGCGCGCCGAUCGGGUGGUUCUCGACUUUCUUUGUUUUCGAAGCGAUGCCUUGUUUUCUUCUUCCGUUGCGUAUCAUCACGUGAGUUUGUUUUUUUUUUUUUUUUGUUUGUUUGUUUUUGGCAUGUUGAUUUGUGGAUCUCAGACGGACGUUUCUGUUGCAUGCAUUAGUGUUAGAGGUCUAGGACACAAGGCCUUGGCUUUCUCUCAGGGCAUGCCACCUUCAGCAUGUCUUCAGAAUAAUGUAGCUCCUCAUCAGGUAAAUCACGUCAGGAAAACCUUUUUCUUGCAAAUUUCUACAGUAUUUCAUAGAAAUUCUCUGUUGAACCCAAACUCACUGUAAAUAUACAGGAAAUGUUUUUGUUCAGUCUUGGCAAUAAUUCACAGUUUUCCACACUAUAAAUAAUUGUUAUACUUGCAGAAUAAAUGGAAGGGAGAUGGAAACACCA